UUCCGUUUGCCCCAGAAUACGGCCUGCUACCGCUGUGACUUGUGUGUUAGGAAAGGCGGGUUGUCACGUUUCUACAAGGCUUUCAACCAAAAGGGAAGACUUGCCUUAGUCCUCGUAGUUGAGAAAUCUCUUAAGAGGUGAAGCUGAACCCAGAGCUACACAUACAGCUAAUCUUAUCAAAAUGUGUGGAAGUAAAGCAAUCUGAAGGAAAUUCGGCACCAUACAAUUUACUGACUGAAAUACAUCAUAUUAUUCAUACCAAGAAUAAGAGUGGAGAAGGACCAUUUUUUUUCCUGCUAAAAUAAUGGAUGCAGAAGAACAACAGCUACGGAAGACAGACUUUUAUUCUGAAUUGCCAAAAGUGGAACUUCAUGCCCACUUGAAUGGAUCCAUUAGUUCUAAUACCAUGAAGAAAUUAAUAGCCCAGAAGCCAGAUCUUAAUAUCCAUGAUCAGAUGACUGUGAUUAACAAGGGAAAGAAAAGAACUUUAGAAGAAUGUUUCCAGAUGUUUCAAACUAUUCAUCAGCUUACUAGUAGCCCUGAAGAUAUUCUAAUGGUCACAAAAGAUGUCAUAAAAGAAUUUGCAGAUGAUGGUGUCAAGUACUUGGAACUAAGGAGCACACCCAGAAGAGAAAAUGCUACUGGAAUGACUAAAAAGAUUUAUGUGGAAUCUAUACUUGAAGGUAUAAAACAGUCCAAACAAGAAAACUUAGACAUUGAUGUUAGGUAUUUGAUAGCAAUUGACAGAAGAGGUGGCCCUUUAGUAGCCAAGGAGACUGUAAAACUUGCGGAGGAGUUCUUCCUUUCUGCUGAGGGUACAGUUCUUGGCCUUGACCUCAGUGGAGACCCUACUGUAGGACAAGCAAAAGACUUCUUGGAACCUCUUUUAGAAGCUAAGAAAGCGGGUCUGAAGUUGGCAUUGCAUCUUUCAGAGAUUCCAAAACAAAACAAAGAAACACAAAUACUCCUGGAUCUCCUUCCUGACAGAAUUGGGCAUGGAACAUAUCUCAACUCUGGUGAGGGAGGAUCCCUAGAUCUGGUGGACUUUGUGAGGCAACAUCGGAUACCACUGGAACUCUGUUUGACCUCAAACGUCAAAAGUCAGACAGUUCCAUCUUACGACCAGCACCAUUUCGGAUUCUGGUACAGCAUUGCCCAUCCUUCUGUGAUCUGUACUGAUGAUAAGGGUGUUUUUGCAACACAUCUUUCUCAAGAGUACCAUCUGGCAGCUGAAACAUUUAAUUUGACACAGUCUCAGGUGUGGGAUCUCUCUUAUGAAUCCAUCAACUACAUCUUUGCUUCUGACAGCACCAGAUCUGAACUGAGGAAGACAUGGAAUUACCUGAAGCCCAGAGUGUUACACUUCUAAGCUGUAAUGAGGUGAACUACUUCUGAGUAUGUGUUGAAUCAAGGUGUUCCUGCCAUAUCCCACUUAGUAAAACAGUCCACCAUUUCUUUGAAGCAUAGCAGCCAAGUUCCAUGGGCUCCAUCAUCAGCAACCUUACACCUGGCAGGUGCUCAGUAAAUAUGUCUUCAACUGACACACAAGCUCUCAGGUGCUUACUGGAUGGUACCUGACUGUUGCUAAUUAAAUCCCCAGUCUACCAGUGAUUAUUUUGACUCAGCAGUCCUUCCCCAUUAGUAAUCAUAAAACUUCAGGGAAA